AUGUCGGAGCAACUACCAUCACCGUCGGCCACCGACUCCAAAGAUCUCACGACAGAACCCACAAAUUCCAUCCCCGAGCUAUCUACCUACGUCACGACUGAUGCAGACGAGAUCCUCUCUGCCCACCGGUUGGUCGCCGACAGCGUCGCGCAACAACGCCAACUAGCUGCGCGAGCCAUCAUCUUCCACCCUAUCUGGCUCGGAGCCAUGGUCGCGGUAAUCGCCGUCGUCUACAAGAUGCUAUACCACGACUCGUCCGAUCUCCCCUUGAUCGCAACCACGGGCGCGGGAUGUGUCAUGGCCGGGUUAACGGUGGUGCGAGUGUUCACGGGCGGAUACAUCGAGCAUGCUGAACAUGUGGGCACGAGGGCCUGGCUGGAGGAUGAGGAUGGUGAAGAUCAAGUGCAGGAGAUUCUCGUGACCAAAUUUGGCGAGCAGAUCAUCGGCGCGCUGAUUGUCAAGGGUGUUCGGGAAGGUCGCAAGGUGCACGGGGUCAUUCGGGCGUGGACGGUGCGGCAGAAGUAUCGCGGCAAGGGAGUGGGAUCUGGAUUGCUCGAGGAGGCGAUUCAACUCUGUCAGAAGAGACGGUGGAAGGGGCCUGAGUUUGACGAGGAGCAUGCGAACGCGAAGAGGGUGUUGCCAACGCUGUUUAAUGGACCGUUUGAGAGACGUGAGAGACGGGCGAGGGGGGCUUUGGAAAAGUUGGUGAAGAAGAAGUAG